UAUAUAACUGAAUCCAUGGCGAGUUCAAGCAAUACAGUGAUGUACCAGUUCGUACGUAACAGUGCUUCAACGGGAAAACCCAUCUCUAUUGCGGCUUGCUUCUCGGUUUUGAACCGAGAAGCCAAGUUGCAGGGAAAGGGUAGUCAUGUUUUGAGGAAGAAGAACGUUGUUAACGUACGCAUGGUGUUGCAGCAGAGAAAGAAUCAGGAGAAUGAAAAGGAACUGGUUAACGAAGUCAACAGUGAUGUAAUGAAAGAUUUCAAUCCCAAGGUGGAGGAGAGAGCAGCUAAGAAGAAAUUGGAGAGAACAACUUACCUGCUUGCAGCCAUGUUGUCGAGUUUAGGCAUCUCUUCAGUGGCGAUUAUGGCAGUUUAUUAUAGGUUUGCAGGGCAAAUGGAGGGUGGAGAAUUUCCACUGCUAGAGAUGGUUUGUACAUUUGCUCUCUCAGUUGGCGCUGCAGUGGGGAUGGAAUAUUGGGCCAGGUGGGCGCAUCGAGCUCUAUGGCAUGCUUCAUUAUGGCAUAUGCACAAGUCUCAUCAUAGAGCAAGAGAGGGAGCCUUUGAGCUGAAUGAUGUAUUUGCAGUAAUCAACGCAGUUCCUGCCAUUGCCUUGCUCUCUUACGGUUUCUUCAACAGUGGAAUUGUCCCUGGACUCUGUUUUGGCGCCGGUUUGGGAAUCACGGGUUUUGGUAUGGCCUACAUGUUCGUACACGACGGUCUUGUCCACCGUCGAUUUCCAGUGGGACCGAUUGCUAAUGUACCGAAUCUACGGAGAGUAGCUGCAGCCCAUCAACUUCAUCAUGCAGACAAAUUUGGUGGAAUUCCAUAUGGGUUGUUCUUAGGACCUCAGGAAUUAGAAGACGUGGGAGGGUCAGAUGAACUGGAACAAGAAAUCAAGAGGAGAAGGAAGAUGUCCCAAAAAUAGACAUGUUUUGGUUGUACAAUCUGAUCAAACAUUUGGAGGGCAAUCCAUGUUCCUAUCGAAUAAUUUGGUAAGAAUAAAAUGAGAGAAAAAGAAGGCGUGCAAGCAAGUGUGAAGAACAAGCACUGUUGUCUAUCUCAAUCUAAUCUAACUGUGUUCCAACAGAAUAAGACAAUUUAAAGGUAAAGCCUCCAAGUUUCAAUUUUCGAUGCCCAGACACGACGAUUGGGAUUUGAUAAGGCACAGGGUGACGUGCAACCUCAUACUUCAAAUUCAUUCAACACUAUUAUUGCUUCAAAAUUCAUCUCUACUUCAUUUGCAAGCCAAGAAACCAUGUCCCCCUCAUUGUUAUUACUUUAUUUAUUUAUUAUUAGGCUU